AUUCAAAUUCAAAUUCAAAUUCACAGUAUUACUCUAUUUUUAAUUUUAUUUGUCUCGAUAAACAAAAAAGAAAGAAAUGGCAGGCAAGAAAGCAGCCCCCGGGCGGCAAACCCAGCUCCACACUUAUUUCACACCCAAAGCAGUCGACCACAACUCCGCUAUAGCCAGCCACCCAAAUGGUCCUUUAUUGACAGAAACAGGGUUAGAAGCACAAACGGCCGAGCCUGCCGAUCAACCGCGUAAGCGAGGCCGGCCACGCAAAUCUGUAGUGUCCGCCGAACCCACCAGCCCAGUUGCCGUUGUAGAAGCAACAUACGCGCAGCCGGUUAAGCGCGGACGCGGCCGACCGCCCAAGCUGGCGGCCACAACGUCUAUUUUGCCUUUGGUCCAGCAAGAGAAGGAGCAGCAGCAAAUUGAACCUGUUGCUGAAAUGCAAUUAUUGGUGACUACAGAUCCUAUGGCAUCAGUGAAGCGCGGAAGAGGUCGGCCGCGAAAGGACGGAUCGGUUGUCGAGUGCAGGGCCGAACCCGUUGUGGAGCACAUAUCAAUUACCACAGAGCCAUUGCACAGCCAAGAAGGAAUGGUGGAUGAUGAUAACGCAGAGACUGCGCCGGCAAAGCGCGGCCGGGGGCGGCCGCGGCGGAGCACAAGUCGGCCUAACACUCUGGUAAAAGGGCACGACGAUGACGGCCGGGAAAACAGCGCAGUGCGUCGGAGAGAGCCAGCCUGCGGCCAGAGAAUGCUCAAUUGGCAGGCACCCGCCAACAGCGGCCGCACUAAGCGCAAGAGCAAAGCGGACAGCGACACUGGUAGCGAAUUCGGAGGCGAUGGCGAGAGCCCCGGAACAAGCGAUAAAGACAACGGUAAUUACAAUGACAAACGCGCGGCCACCGCCACUGCCACUGCCACGAGCAGGCGAAGUACGGUAGCGACUCCGAGUAAGUUUUCGUCUUUUGACUUUCGCCAGCGUGUUGGGCGCGCAGGCGGUGUGGCGCCCGACAUGUACCAGCUCACUCACAAGCCAAUGAAUAUGGCGCGGUGGGCCGGACCCGACAGCGAAAGCGGUUGGACCAACGCCAAUGCAAUUGACAUUGGAACCGACCAGGCUGCGUGGGAGAUGCUCCGCGCCAUCCGUGUAGAUCCGUCCAGCGUGCAGCCGGCGGCACCGCCAUUAUUCGGACCCGACCUGCGCGUGCGCAUGUCUGCCGACAGUUCACAGCAGGCGGUUGAAAUUCAGCCGUCCAAAGUGCACGAGCUCGGCAAGGACAGCCGCGGGUGGAUGAUCAACGCCGGGCAGUCGCUAUUGUCGCUCGACUGGGCUCCUGUGCGGCCGGCCGGCGACUCGAACACUGGGAAUGCGAAUGUGCCGCCAGAGCAGUGCACUGACUAUGUUGCAGCGAGCGGUAUGGCGCCAGGCGCCGGCAUGGCGCUGGACCAGCUGUAUGCCGAGCGCGACAAGGACCGCACCCCCGGGUUGGUGCAGAUAUGGCGCGUCGACACAUUCGCCGACAAAACCCCCGCCACUUGCCGCCUAGACAUGACGCUGGCGCACGACUUUGGCCGCUGCAUUCGGCUAAAAUGGUGCCCCAUCAGCAUAAAGCCCGAGCCGACAACCGGCGACGCCGGCACCGGCACCAAUAGCGGCGGUCUGCCGAUAAUCGGGCUGUUGGCUGCAGUCUUUGCCGAUGGCUUUCUUCGCGUUUGCGCAGUGCCCGUGCCCGACGCCGUCCGUGCACGGCCGACAGGCAUAACGGCGGCCGGUGACGUGGUUUGUGUUCGGUGGCCGCAGUGUUCGCUCGUCGAGCUCAAGGCGCCGCGCGGCAUCUUUACUGUGUUUGACUGGGCCGGCUGCGACGUGCUUGUGGCUGCCACGUCAAUGGGCCAGAUUGCGGCCUGGGAGCUCACGCCCUGCAUCCAAUCCCAGCAGACGCUUGCCGGGCCGCAGUGGCCGUACAGCACGCCAGCGGGCCCUCCUGGGGGCAGCACCGUUCCCUUUACCAACCACCAGGCUCACCACGGUAUUGUCUUCAAUCUGUCGAUUGUCUGCAACGACCUUGGCGUCCGCGACGACGCUCCCGUGCCCCGUAGCCCUGGCGAUUUCCGCACCCUCGAUCCGUCGACAAUCCAGAUCAGCUCGCUGGGCCGCGACGGCCGCCUGCGCCAGGCGCUGCUGUGCUUCCCCACGCGCGUGAACCACCCGCUGGUGACGAUUCCGAGCCAAGUGCGUGCCAACGAGCUGUGCUGGCUGACGGCGACCUGCUUGUUUGCCGACCCCGAUAACGGGCUGCGCGGCACCGCCGAUCCCAUCAUGUCUGCGACCGGCGACCCAUGGGUGCGUGCCUGCUUUGGCGCCGACCGCACAUCAGCCAUUGCUCCGACUUUGUCGCAAAAGCCUACGGGCGUCGAAUUGAACACGUUGUGGAACUCUAGCACUGAUCGCGGAUCCACGUUCCUGAUGAUUACAAACGGCCCCGUCUUGCAAAUAACCCGGUCCGACCAUCACAGCUACUUAGCUGCAAGCACCGCCGAGGGCCACUUGCAGAUCCUGAACUGCGCUGGUAUGAAGAUAAUCAGAAAGGUCGUGCCGCACCACCGCCGGAUAUACGCCAUUGCGCUGGACGGGAGCGGCAGCAGUAGUGGCGAUGGCCCUGAGCUCGUGUGCUUGGGCAAGACACCCGCUGAGCCCAGGAUAAACCCAUUGCUGAAGGCACCCAGACUGGACAUUUUCCCAGCCGAAAUUGCCGUGCAGGCAUGCGCAUGGUCGAGGAACCCGCGCUCAUCAUCGUGGAUUGCCAGUGCUAAUGCCAGCGGGAUUUUGCGGAUUGAAGAUUUGGCGAUAUGAAUCGCAUUAUUUUGUACAUUUUUGUUUUCCUUUUGACUGGUUCUAGCCCGUGUCAUUUGCUGCAAUGGUAUUUGCCACAAUCACCAAAAAUGGAAUUCUCUUUCUCCUUCUUUAAACUGAAAAUUGGACAGUCUGUGUUUGUUGAUUUACAGAAUAUUUGUCGCUUCGGAUUUAUAUUUAAGUUGAUAUUACUGGGCGUGUGAUUCGGGUACACAAAGUGUAAA